AUGGCGUUGACCUUUGAAGGUCCAACGGAAAGCAAUGGCAUCAGUAAGAGAACGCUGGACCGGGACAGGGACCUCUUCACGCACUCAUCAAUACACGACACGGAAAGUGAAAUCCAUUCGGUCACGACUGUGUCGCCAGUCAACGUGCCCAACCACCAUCCCGUCUUCAAGGGCCUGCUGCUUCCCGAGCACCUGCUCACGAGGAACUUCCAGGGGGACCAGCAUUUCUUUAGGCAGGACGGCUCUGUGGCUGCACAUCCCACCAUGCCAGGCUCUCUGUCUGCCCCAAAUGCAGGCGAUGCUGUCACUCAAGUCGUGCCCCACGAGGAUGCUCCGGCCUUCUCAGACGUGGCCACAACCGCCACUGCGGCCGCCACUGUCCCCCUGACCACGUUUUCUCACACAACACCAGCACCACCCAUGUCUUUCCCUCAGAGGAAGUCAACUAAAGAGAAGAUGAAGGGUUCCGAGAAGGUAGAGCCAACAACGGACUCCAUCACAACUCAAAUGACACCUAACAGCGGUGGUUCAGGACGGGAAAACAAGCAAGCGGCUUCGUCAUCUUUUCCAAUGGAGUCCACAAUUGCACCGACCUCUGCUGGGAUGAGGAAAGGGCAGGUGGAGGAGCUGGCACCAAAAAACAAAACCAAACCUGAUCCACUUCUCCCCAAGAUAACUUCAUCCUUUCAAGAAGAAGGUACCACCAUGGUAUCCACAACCGUGAUCACAACAACUACUAUCACCACCAUGCAAGCAUCAGAGCCAUGCAGCAUGAAUUUCACUGACCCAGAGGGUAACAUCGAAAUCUUACAGCAACUUGACGCUGGUGGGGAGUGCAACUACUUGAUUACUGUCUACCUGGGAUACGGCAUCGAGGUUCAGGUACUAAAUGUGAGUGUGCUGGAGGGGGAACAGGUGACAGUGGAGGAUACAGGUGGCCAAGAACCCUUCAUUCUCGCUAAUGAGUCGGUUUUGAUGAGGGGCCUUGUUCUGCGCAGCUGGAGCAACCAGAUCUCCAUCCGCUUACGCAGCGACCAACCACUCAAUUCAGGAUUCCUUCUGCUGCAUUACCAGGCCUUUGUGCUCAGCUGUGCAUUCCCCAAAGAACCUGCUGGUGGAGAAGUUUCGGUGACCCACCUUCAUGCUGGUGGAGAAGCUUACUUCAAAUGUCUCACUGGAUACAGGCUGCAAGGCCCCAAAAUGCUCAUAUGUCGAAAUGCAACCACACCUUACUGGAAUGGGAAGGAACCCAGAUGUGUGGCAUCCUGUGGGGGAAUGAUAAAGAAUGCCACCUAUGGUCGCAUCGUCUCCCCCGGUUUCCCUGGCAACUACAGCAACAAUCUGACAUGCCACUGGAUACUGGAAGCCCCUGAAGGCCAUCGGCUUCAUAUUCACUUUGAGAAGGUUGCUCUAGCAGAGGACGAUGACAGGUUGCUGAUAAAAAAUGGCAACAACAUAGACUCUCCUCCCGUGUAUGACUCCUAUGAGGUAGAAUACUUGCCCAAUGAGGCUUUUGCAAAGGGGAUGUGCUAUGAGCCCUUUGUGAAGUAUGGCAACUUCAGUUCCAGCGACUCCGCCUAUGGCGUGGGAGCAGUGGUGGAAUUCUCUUGUGACCCUGGCUACACACUGGAGCAAGGCUCUGUGGUGAUUGAAUGUGUAGAUGCACAAAAUCCACAGUGGAAUGAGACAGAGCCCGCUUGUAGGGCUGUGUGUAGUGGGGAGAUCACAGACUCUGCUGGUGUGGUGUUGUCUCCUAAUUGGCCGGAGGCUUACGACAAGGGGCAGGACUGCAUCUGGGGUAUCCAUGUGGAAGAGGACAAAAGGAUCAUGCUUGACAUCCAAGUCCUCAACUUAGGUAAGAAUGACCAGCUGACGUUCUAUGAUGGUGAUGACCUGACAGGCAACAUCCUGGGCCAGUACAGUGGCACGCGGCCACACUUCAAGCUCUUCACCUCCAUGGCGGAUGUUACUAUUCAGUUUCAGUCCGACCCUGCAACCAACAUCUACGGCUACAACAACGGCUUUGUGGUUCACUUCUUUGAGGUGGCUAGGAAUGACACAUGUCCAGAACUGCCAGAGAUUCCUAAUGGAUGGAAGAGCACGUCCCACCCUGACCUCAUUCACGGCACCGUGGUUACCUAUCAGUGCUACCCAGGCUACAGUCUGACAGGCUCCGAGAUCCUCAUGUGUCAGUGGGACCUCACUUGGAGUGGCGACGUGCCACGAUGUGAGGAAGUUCGGACAUGUCAGGAUCCCGGGAAUGUGGAGCACAGCCGUAAGGUGAUCACGGGAAACCGCUUUGCGGUUGCGUCAACUGUGCAGUUCAUCUGUAAUAAAGGCUACGUCCUGUCCGGCUCUGGCCUCCUCACCUGCUACAACCGAGAUACGGCUGUGCCCAAAUGGAGUGACCGGCUGCCCAAGUGUGUCCCUGAAAAGUAUGAGCCGUGCAGGAACCCCGGUGCUACUUCCCCCAGCACACAGAGCUCUGAAAAAGCCUUUUACCAAGCAGGAGAGACUCUCACCUUCUCCUGCCAUACUGGCUACGAGCUGCAGGGGGGGGCCACCAUCUAUUGUGUCCCAGGACACCCAUCUCAGUGGAACAGCACCCCUCCCGCCUGCAGAGCAUCCUCUGCACAGCAUGUGAACGAGCGCAGGCUUGAUGUUGUCAACAUGGAUUAUGGCAUGAAGGAAACCAAUAUUACCUUUGCGGUUUUUAUUCCGACGGCAGUCGUUUUGGUGGUUGUUUUGGCGAUUUAUGUCUACUUUGCUAAACUCCAAGGGAAGUCUAUCAGAAUGCCCACAUCUUCCCCACCGUAUGACAACAUGACAGAAGAGUCAGCAUUUGAAAACCCUAUAUACGAGAGCGGAGUAAGUACAGAUGUCAUGAGCAUGCAAGAUGUGGAUUCACAGAACACCAGUGUGCUGUCCUGA